UCGGGACCCGCCGGAGGCGGAGCGGGAGCCGAAGGCGUGUGUCUGAAGCGGGGGCCGCUAAGUCCUAGAAGGUGGCAAUUUUCCUGGGCCGGCGGCGCGCGGCGCAGGUGGAGAGGCCGGCUGGCCCGGACUUCGGCCUCGGGCUUCGGGAAAUGGCGGCUGGGGGCAGAAUGGAGGACGGCUCCUUGGAUCUCACCCAAAGUAUUGAAGAUGACCCCCUUCUGGACACCCAGCAUCUCCCACAUCAUUCAUUACAUGCUCAUUUUAGACCCAGAUUCCAUCCUCUUCCUACGGUCAUCAUAGCAAAUCUGCUCUUGUUAAUACAUGUUGUGUUUGUCAUUUUGGCGUUUUUAACAGGUGUACUUUGUUCUUACCCUAAUCCAAUUGAGGACAAGUGCCCAGGAAACUAUACCAACCCAUUGAAAGUUCAGACAGUCAUAAUCCUUGGGAAAGUUAUUUUGUGGAUUCUGCACUUCCUUCUUGAGCGCUACAUCCAGUAUCACCACAACAAAGUAAGAAACCGAGGCUAUAACAUGAUCUACCUGUCGACAAGGCAUCUUAAAGGACUUGCCCUGAUGAUCCAUUCCACUGGCAACACGGCUCUUCUCCUCGUGCUGUGCGUGCAGCACUCCUUCCCGGAGCCCAGCAGGUUGUAUCUUGACCUCAUCCUGGCCAUCCUGGCCCUGGAACUCAUCUGCUCCCUGACAUGUCUGCUUACUUACACAGUGAAAAUUCGGAACUUUAAUAAAGCCAAGCCACAGCCUGAUGUACUUGAAGAAGAAAAAAUCUAUGCUUACCCCAGCAAUAUAACCUCGGAGACUGGAUUCAGGACUAUUUCAAGCCUAGAAGACAUCGUUGAAAAGCAAGGAGACAUAAUAGCGUACCUGAAGCGACACAAUGCCCUGUUGAGUAAACGGUUGUUGACUUUCACUUCCUCCGAGCUAGACUCUCCACCUAGUAGAAUGUGAAAGACUCAAGGCCAAGACAUCAGGUGCAGAGGACUCCAGAGUAAUCCUCCUUGGGAGCUUCCUGGGUAUAAUCUGAAACUGGCCCCACAUAGAGGACAGAGAGCAACCAGAGAGAGAGGCAGAGCACUCCAGAUUGGCAGGUAGGAGGUUUAAUGAACAAGGGAACUUGUGUACAAGGCUUGUCUUGAGAGGCGGGCUGUCAGGUAAACAGAUCUCUGCAUCCGCCCACCAGAAUCUUAAGUUUAUAAAGAGGCCUUAAUUGGCCUCAUAUACCAUCUGGAGGUCUCAACAGCACGUUAUUCUCCCAAAGCUGUGUCCUCGGAACAGCUCCCACUGUGAGACGGUGGGCAGAACGUCUAUUCCAAGGACAGGGGAGGGGUGAGCAGCCUCCGAUUGUCCAAGUUUAGCUAAUGGGUCAGUUGGCAGUCAUGUCCAACAGCCUUCAGCUAUUUUCCUUUUCAAAAGGAAAACACCAGUGAUAGACGAUUCUUAUUUAAAUUCACUUGGAUCUGUAGUCAGUUUCUAAGGGUGUAUAGGAUGAACUUUGGUUUACAGAGAAAGAUACAGUUAAAAAGUUAGGAUGCUCAGAUUCUGAUGUGAUGUCUGUAUAACUGCAAAGACUUCUCUAAACUCAAUCAUGAACGUACCAAACAAUGAGCAAAAAUGAGAUGAAGUAUCGGAACUAGGAAAACAGGAUAAUGAACAAAGCACUUUAAAUGUUAAGCAUUCUAUUCACCAGGCAGGUGGUGUGGUGGCACAGCAGACACAAAACUUAAGGAGACCCUGGUUUGUAAGGAGGAAGAGGACUAGGAUUUCUAGGCUCUGUGCUAAGUGAAAUAAUGGCUAUAAGUCCGAGGAACUAUUGGAACUUCAGGCCAGGGCACCCUGGCAGGGAAGGGGCUGUAGGAAUUCCAGGCAAAUGAAUGAAUAAAGGAGCAAGGCAAACAGCUGCAGAGAUCACAAGCGCUGUGCACUUGAGUGUGAAGCACGACAUGGGAGGAGAGGCGGACAGCAUCAGAUCUGGGAGAGUACCUUCUUGUUCUCUGUGCUGAGCGGCCCACCCUGGAAUGGGGUCUGCUGAAGAGUCUCAAGCAAGGAAGUGAGAGUCAGUUUUAUUUUCAGGAGCAUCAGAUUGUAGUACAAGAUGGAGGAAAAAGUAGAUGGCAGAAAGAUUUGGCCCUGAACUAGGGCAAGUAUAGUAGCAUUCUAUUGAAAGUACAUAUGUAUAUAUAUAUGUGUAACAUAGAUGUCUGUAAUUUGGGGAUUUUAUUUCAGAGGACAAUAGCAUCAUGACUUAUAUGUUAAAAGCUCAUUUUUUAAAAGAGCACUAUCAAAAACUAUAAGGAAAAAAAGAUCUGAAAUCCCACUGCUAAGGAAUUGUACCAGUUUAUACUGCUUGUUGUCCCAUACUUUCACCACCUGUGGGUGUUUUCCAUUUAUAUUUAAUUCUAGCCCUUCCAAUGGGUUAAAAUAUAUAAUGUCAUUGUUUCAUAUUGCAUUUCCUCGAAUGCUAAUGAAGUUGAGUGUUUUCCCCCAUAUUCUUUGACCUUUUAUCAAUCUUUCGUGACCUGUAUAUAUCAUCAGGUCUUUUGCUUAUUAUUCUCCUGGAAUACUCUUUUUCUUAACAAACAUAAUCUCACUUUAUAUAUAAGGGUAGUCCUCAGUUUCCAUCUGUUGGAAAUAUUUCAUUGUUCUGUGUUCUUCUGCUAUGAUCUCUUCAAACACUGCAGCCUAGAUUUUAUCUGCUGCAGCCCUGGUGAAAAAGUUCACACAAAUGCAUCCCUAAAAGCCACAUCAGAUGUUUCCUUGUGUGAGAGCCAGCAGUGUCUUGAGUGAAUUUUAAUAUACCCAGCUCCUGAAGGUCCUUUUCCUUCUUCCAGGGAUUCAGACCCAAGUCUUACAUAAAUCAAGCUAAUUCUCCUUUUUCCUUUAAGGCAGCAUUCUCCAACCUUGCCACUAUUUUUUUUUUUUUUAACAUUUAUUUAUUUUUGACAGAGUGAGACGGGGCACG